CAGAAGCAGGGGCGGACUGACAACUCAUGGGGCCCCCGGGCAAUAGGGGACCAUGGGGCCCCUGUGUCCUUGCCCAAACUCAAAAAAGCCUAUGAAAAAGGUACCAGGGGCAUCUCAUGGGGCCCCCUACUGACCCAGGGCCCUCGAGCAGUGCCCGAAUUCCCAAAUGGUCAGUCCGCCCCUGCUUCAAGGUAAAAUGUGCUGGUUAGUACUUCCGCCUGGCAGUACUAGGGUCUUGGUUCGAAUCCCAGCCACGGCACCACCUGCCUGGAGUUUGCAUGUUCUC